AUGUGCUACGUAAACUAAUGGUAGAAUUUCACUGAUCAUUGUUUAUAAAUCCUUCCUAAAGAAAAUUGGGAUGCAUCUAGAGGCCCUUCAAACAUAGAAGGAUUAAUCUUUAUCACAAAUGAUUUUAUUUCUUCAAAUCAAACGUAUACUUAGCCAGAAAUUAUCUCACUGAUCUCUCAAUCAAGUGGAGAUAAAUUAAAGAAAUACAGCUAUAACUCUUAAUAUACUUCUGCUGCAAAUGAUGGAACCAAUUUUCAGAUCAGUAUAGACCAUGUAUAUAUCAAUAGAUGUUUCUUGUUGAAUCCGAUCUGGCCAACUUACAUGGCUUUGACUGGAGUUUGGUUUAUCAUUUUGGUCAGUUGGUGGUACUACACAUUUAUUUAUAGAAAAUUACAUUCGCUUUAUAUGCAAAAGACUAUGACUAUAAUACCAGUCUGCAAAAUUCUUGAAUGCUUGAUCCAGGGUCUAUUCCUAAAUGCUUGCCCGUGGAUAAGCACAACUGAACCUUCAGAAAAGUACUUGGAUAUGGCAAGAAUCUCUAUUGUGACGAUUACUUAUACCAUUUUACUUGCAAUCUUAUUCUUAAUAAGCAAAGGAUGGAAUACUACUGCUUUUUAACUGACAAGAAACCAAGCCACAUAUCUUACAAUGAUCAUGGGUGCAGUUUACUUGACCUAUAGUGCCUACUUCUUAUCAGCAGAUUUCGUUGGAAUCAGCUAUUUUAUGAGAGCUUUAAUGGCAUUGUUAUAUCUAGCACUAGGAUUAACCAACUUGAAAAACUUAAGAUUGACAGUAAAAAUGAUUCAAACCUACGCAUCUUCAAGCUCUCGAGACAAUCCUAAUGAUAUAAUGAUCCCUGCUCUUAAACUAAAGGAAUCAAUGUUAAAGAAAUUCGCAGUUUGUAUUCUAGGAUAUUUCAUUUUAAAGGUGAUAAAGUAUGGAAUUAUAUCCUUCCUUAAUGAUGAAACAUUGUCUGAGAGAUUUAGUCUUUCUGUUUAGUGUUUUGAUUUGCUUUUCUUAGCUGGAUCUCUAUUUAUCUUCAGAUCUAGAGUAUGGCCUUCAUUCUUCAGAAUUGGAAUGAAUGAAAUCAACGUAUGUUUACUUUUAAUUAAAUUUAUUAUAAAGGUACCACUACUUAAUGGAUAGGAAGGUUAAGUAAGAUAGAACUUCGCACCAAUGCUUGAAACACACAUUAGUCCAGAGCUAUUUAGUGAAAAUUACAUUGAUCAUGAUGAUAGGUGCGAUUCUAUUGGUUCUAAUGAAGUCGUUGUAAUUUUAAAUCCAACAAGAUACAAUAUCGAUGAGGAUGAUGACGAUGAAGAUAUGAUUUCUUCACUAAAUGAUAGCAGAGAGCAAAUAGAAAAACCCGAACUGGAGAAUAUAGAACCAAAUGAUAUUAUGUAACAAAUGAAAAUAGCAUACAAAGAGAAAAGUAAUAGAAACAAUAGAAAUAGAGCAAAUAACAGAGGAACUGGCAGAAGAAGUAUAUUUGGCAGCAACAGAGAAGGAAGUGACUCUACUGAUGAUGAUAUAGAAGAGGAUGUUAGGCAUUAUUGA